ACUCAAACACACACAGACACACACACCUGUCAUACAGCUUCAGCACUCAGGACUGUGAAGACGUGAUGAUGAUGAUGGUGAUGGUGAUGACCUCCAUGUGCAGGAUGCUGACUUUACUCUUCAUCCUCUGUGUGCUUCUGCAGGAUGGCUAUGGGCUGCCGUUAUCAGGCCAAGCCGAGGUGGCGGCGCAGGCUCCACAGCCACACCGCGUCAGGACCAAACGCUGCUCCUGUAACAGCUGGGAGGACAAGGAAUGCAUCUACUUCUGCCACCUGGACAUUAUCUGGGUCAACACGCCAUGUAAAGUUCUUCCUUACGGCCUGGGAAGUGCUGCGUCACGCCGCCGCCGAUCAACCAGCCGAUGUGAAUGUGCCAACCCAGCUGACAAAACCUGUUCCAGCUUCUGCCAUAAAAGCUCUGAGAAUCCCAGGAUUGCUGUUGUGGCUCCAUCAGACACUUCCAGCAGCCAGUCAAAUGCAAGCGGCAACAAACUGCUGGCAUCCCUCAGAUCUGUCCUCAAAUCCAACACUGCGGCAGCAGAACAGAUUCUGAUCUCCAGAAGCAACUUGCCAUCAGACCUAAGAGCUGGAAAAGGAGGUAGAACGUUUGACCUCGGGUUUUUUCAGACCGGACGCCGUCAGCAACAACGGCUGCUGCCGUGAACGGAUCGAAGGCUGAAGAGGCUGCUGAUCCAACGUUUGAUUGACAGAACCUCAUCAGAAGGCCGGAAGCUGCAGGACGCCGGAUGCCGGACCGGAGCACAGCAACAGACAGAGAUGUUCAGCCUUUUUGUAAACACCCUUUGAACCUUUACAAAGGUACCACGCUUUGGAGCGCUCCUUCAGAACCUCUUAAACGUGGAAACCAACGUCUGGACUCUUGGACAACAAGAUGGAGAACUCUCAUUAACAUGUCUUCACCAGGUGUAUUUGGACUGAGGACACGUGUUCAUACGUGUUUACUUGGGUUCAUGCGUGUGCACGUGUCUUUUAACAGCACUAAAGCUGUUCUUAAUGUGACUCAAACGUUCCAGGUUCUAGGAGCUGAUCCCUGUUUAUUCAUGUUCCUCUGUAUCAGAGCUGGAAUCUGCCUUCACGCCUAAUCAUUAGGACAAAUUGCUCUCUAAUUAACUGGAACACGGCAGCUCAACGUUAUUGCCUCAGUGAAGUGAAGGUCGUCUCCUUAGGAUUCAUUUAUAUGGCAAACGAGUAGCUUCACGUCUUCUCAGCUGCACCGUGUUUACUGGAAUCUUCAGUGCACGUCUUCCACCGAGUGUUUCCCCUGAAGAUAAGACACAUUUUUCCAGUGACAGGCUGCUUAUCAAUAAUUGCCUUUUCUCCCCUGAUGAAUGUUGACUUAAUUCCUCUGUAAUUACCCACCGAGAUGUUACGACUCUCAGCUGGUUCUCUGCACUGCAGGAGUCAUUUAUCUGCUGCCGGCAGGUUUUAAUGUGCCGUGAAUCUGUUCACCGUGUCCACGAGUCUGACUCUGUAAAUGAGUCAUCUCAGUCAUCUCAGCACUGGAUAUGAUGAGUCUUUGUGUAAUGAUUUGUACGAGUGUGUUAUGGUAAAACACAGUGCAGCAAGCGCACGUGGACCCACUUCAGAUAGAGUUAAAUCAACUCUGUCACAGUGUAGCAGCAUAUCAUGGCAGAGCCAACACUGUCUCACUACCAACUCAUCACGUGUGACCAGUUGGGUAGCCCCUUUGUGCCACCAUGUGACGCACUGGGAAGUGCUCACCAUAACUUUAACCACGACCAUAACCAUAACCCAAACGUAGAUGAAUGUAGCUUAGUUGUAGUUUAGUAGAUAGUUUUUUUUGUGUGUGUGAUUAUCAGAGUGAUGUGACGCUGACAUGAAGAAAAAAACAUUUCCCCGUGUGUCACAUAGUGACACAAAUGGGCACUGACCAAACAUAAACCUGUGAUGAGUUGGGAGUCAGACUGUGUAGGCAGAGUGCACAGUAAAAUCUCCAGUGUUAAAUUAACACUGGUAGACUGGUGUCCCGUCCAGGGGGAGUCUGGGGAUAAGCACUUGCACCGGUGGAACUCAGGGCCUAUUAUAUGCUGCACUUCUUCUGUCAUAUAUCACAAAUGAUCUCUAUUAGAUUUGAUCAACAACACAGUAAAAUCGCCAGUGUUAAACUAACACUGCCAGUGUUAAAUUAACAUUGCCAGUGUACAUAUGGCUCUGCUCUGAUCAGAAUGGUACCAUAUGUUCACUGGCAGUGUUAAUUUAACACUGAUUUUACUGUGAAUAUGCACUCAACGUUUUUACUCUGCAAACUUUUCUGUUUCGGGAGUCGACUGUAAAAAGCUGAAUGAUUGCAAUGAGGCGCAGCAAUUUAUUUAUUCUCUAAAUUAUUCAGAGAUAUAUUUAUACAUGUGUGAAUGAUGUACCUGUGAGAGGAAAUAAAAAUGAAAGACA